AUUGAAAAAAAAACCUUUAUUUGGUGCGCCGAGCAAGUGUCAAGGAUGAAGGGCAAACUCGCUUCGGCCUCUUUGCUGCUCCUCGUUUCCACGGCGCUGACCCAAAACGUCAUUUUGGAGUGGAACCAGCGCGAGCGUGCCAGUUCUUCGUGUGGGGUUGGGACGCGUUGCAACUCUUUCGGGAACUGCAUGCGGCAAAUCGGGUACGCGAGUCACCAAAGGUUUUCCCUGACAGGGUCGGCGCUGCGGCUCAGGUACGCCAUCGGGGGCCACUUUUCUCCCGCGUCCGCCUCCAAGCUGCUGCUGCGCACACGCUGUCCCGGACACAAACGCGUCUGCUGUCCCGCGUGGAAGGUCGUCCACCAUGACCUCAACAACACCCGCGCCGACCCCAAGGUGUACGACCCUGAGACGACCACCCUGGCCACCCCAGGGCCCGACAAGAAGCGACGCCACCUCAACCGAAGGCUGCUCGAGAAAAGCUGCGCCCAGCAACCCUUGGAGUUCAGGGUCGCCUUCGGGGAAGAGGUCAAGGCAGGUCAACUGCCCUGGCUCGCCAUACUCAGGUUCAGCGAUAAUGGGACGCAGAGAUUCAGCUGUGGCGGGUCUCUGAUCACUGAUCAGUACAUCCUGACGGCUGCCCAUUGCGCUAAACCGCUAAAAAAAUCCAUGAAAUUGGUGAGCGCGAGGCUGGGCGAGGUGAACCUGGCGAGCACCUGCGACCAGGUGGCGGAGCCGGACGACCUGUUGAACGACAUCUCGUCCGUGUUCGGCGACCUCUUGCCCAAGUGCGCCGCCGAGCCGCAGGACGUGGAGGUGGACGAGGUCAGGGUGCACCCUGAGUUCAGUUACGACUUCAUCGAGGGCUUCCCGCACGACCUGGCGCUGGUCAGGCUCAAGCACAAGGUCAAAGCGACCAUGUUCGUGCGGCCCAUCUGCCUGCGCGGCCUGCACCCUGACGAAGGUCGCCAGGGUCGGGAGGAGGGCACGGCCAAGGUGGCCGGCUGGGGCAUGACCGACAUGUCAGAGGGCCCAAGGAGCAACGAGCUGCGUCAGGUGGCGGUCAAAAGGGUGGCCAGGCAGGUGUGCAGGGACGAGCACAGGGUCAUGGUGCGCGAAAGGUGCCAAAAGUGCGCCGGCAGCAGCGACGGCAGCGCCUGCAUGGGCGACAGCGGCGGACCCCUUCUUCAGGAAAUGGGAAACACGACGCUUCUGGCCGGCGUCGUCAGCUACGGAUCGUUCGACUGCGGCACUUCGGCGGUGCCGAGUGUUUUUUCUGACGUGUCCUGCUACCUUGACUGGAUAAUUGACACCAUCCGACCGUGAUUCAUUGAAAUAAAAAUAGGAACUUCAUGGAAAAAUACUUUUGAUUUUAAAAUUAAAUUCAUUUUAAAAUUAAUACUGAUAAUUGCGUUCCAUGCUCAUGAUUGAAAAUCUACAUUUUUCACGCGCUUUGCUUUAGAUUAAAUUUAUUACAAUUUUUAGAAGCUUUAACUUUUGUAAUCAGCACUCAAAUCAAUUUUAAGUCGUGACAAAGGAAUUGAA